CCCAACCGGCCCUGCCAAGAAAUUAAGAACAUAAAUCCAGUAUUUUCAAAAUAAAUUUUUCUGCAAUUUCCAUUGAAUCAUCCUAGGAUCUGCGAACUAGAUCGGGAAAUAUCGUUUCUUUCCUCAGUUUGGUUCACAAUCAAUGGAACACAGUAGAGAUUGGUCCGGCCUAAUUCACGAGAUGUUGGUUGAGAUAACAAAACAUAUAUCAGUUGUGGAAGAUUUCAUGGCUUUCCGAGGGGUUUGUGCUUCUUGGCGAUCCGCGGCAACAAAGGAUAAGUUUGUCAAUUUGUCGAGGGGUGUUCCGUUGCUUAUGCUCGCAGAGAAAGAAGACAGUGACGAACGUGAAUUUUACAGUCUCUCGAGAAGAAAGACGGCUAUGCGGAUACCACUCCCGGAGGCAAAGGGUAGACGGUGCAUGGAAGCCGGAUUUGGUUGGUUCCUAACGGUUUCAAGUUCAGGUGAGAUUAAUUUAUUGAACCCUUUUUCUCGUUCUCAGAUCCAACUCCCCGGCUGUACAACUUUCCCUGAUUCUGAGGAAAACCACUACCAUGAGGAUGUUCGGACAUUUUCGUUUAUAAGCAGAGCGGCUCUGUCCGCAAAUCCCACGCACACUUCAGAUAUUGUUGUAGCUGUAAUUUACUCUGCUGGUUCCCACUCUCGGGCUUUUGCCUUAGCGUUUUGGAGGACAGGUGACCUGAUGUGGACAGGUAUAGAGCCAACCUGUACGAAUUCCAAGUAUUGGUGGGAUGUUGGUUUCUAUAGCGGAAAGCUUUUUGCAAUUAAUGCAAGGGGCCAAGUUUUCGGGUGGGAUCAUGGAUCCUCCUCAUCCAUUGUGACCCGCAAUAAAUCCUCCUCAUCACAUGAGAGGGUUGCAAUUGCCAAUCUUUAUCUGACGCUGGAUUUCGAUAUUUUAUUAUAUCGGGCAGCCUAUCUAUUAGAAUCAUCAAGCGGCGAAUUACUGGUUGUCACCCGGGACGGUGUGACCGUAGAAGACGAGGAUUGGAGUUAUGGUGUUACUAAUUUUAAGGUCGUUCGAUUGGAUUUGAUAAACUGCGUAUGGGAGGAGAUUACUACUUUGGGGUUGGAUGCCAUCUUUGUUGGCCAUAGUCUUGGCAUCUCUGUUGUGGCUUCUGCUUUUCCGGAUGCAAUCAAACCCAAUUGUAUUUAUUUUUCAGACGAUUGCGUUGAAGCCUAUUCUUACUCUCAAGAACGUGGAAAAGGAGGAGGCCGGCUUGGUCUAGGGGGUGGUGAGGAUAUGGGAAUCUACAAUUUUGAAGACGGAAGUAUCGAUCGAUUUAGUGGCAUCGAAUCUCUUAGUUUUAUAUGCCCGCCCGUUUGGAUAUCAUUCUAAUAGUAGUAUUCUAAUAUUUAUUAGUAUUGGUUUUAAGUGGGGCUUGGCCAGUGCUUAUCUUAGCCGGUAAGACCAGACAAACAGAUGAGCAAGGAAACCAGGCCGGAAUCCAAACCAUCACCCUGGCUGAUACCAUUCAUCCAAGAGCUAUGCCAUGUCAGCC